CCCCGUGGAGUACGGCGGCCGUCACUAUAAAAAUCUGCACCCGAAGCUCGCGACUCAAACUCUUCCGAUCGCACGGUCAGUCGACGCUCGUGGUUGUACCUAAAGAAGACAAUAAUAUUAUAGCCUACGACUAUUUAAUAUAAUAUACAUUUACAUAUUAUAUUAGAAAUUAUUACGAUUCGGCUUUCUUCCGUUGUUGCUACAGAGACGAUGGCAGGUAAAUUUUCCGUAUUGUUUCUCGUCGGAUUCAUGACCGCUGUGGUCGUCGCACCGUACAUGAUGGCAGAGGCGAGAUACUUACCCACCCGAGGAAAUGAUGACCGGUUGACCAGAUUGAAAGAGCUGUUGAAUGAUUUAUUGGAUUCAGGUGCGCAACCCAACUUGGAGAUGGAAAGACCAUACGUGGAUGUGAACGGUGAUUUUAGCAGACUAAGAUCCAGAGAAUACAACAUACCUGAAAAGUCAAUAAUGGAACUAUUCAACCCGACAGUUCCACACCAUCAGAGGCCUAGGUCUUAAAGAUGCGAAACUAAUUUUUAAUUUAAAAAUAUACAUAUAUACAAUAUACAUAUACAAACUGUCUAAAGUCCGUUUGUUUUUUUC